AUGUCUUGGCGGAAAAAAACAAUCCCUCUCUCUAACAUUGUUAGAAGUUUAACUUCCAUCGGAGGGGGAGAGAAGAGGAAGAAGCAGAGGCGAAGAAGAAGGAUUUGGAAAAUUCAGGAGAGAGAGAGAGAGAGAGAGAGAGAGAGAGAUUGCAAAAUUUGCAUCUAAUCAUGGAAAGCAAUGUCCAUGAUUGGAAUGUUGGGAGCAAGAAUAGAAAUGUGGCAUAGCAGAGGGAGCAAAAUCAGCUGAAAUUUCUGAAACUGACAGUUUGGUUCUUCGUCCGUUGCGGUCUCUAUUUUGCGUUCUUUUUUUCUUUUGUUCGUUUUGCAGAGAACAACAUCGCAUCGAGCUUGCCGAAAUCUUUACCAGACUGCAAAAUCACUGAAACGUUACCGAAAACGAGCCCCUCUGUCUUUCUGACUGUGAGUGAGUGCGGAAAUGAAAGUUAAUCUGAAGGAACAACCUGUAUUUGAGAUAUGCUUGGUGGUUCCAAAAAGGAAAACGAAGAAAAAAGACGCCACUCAUGACUGUGUGGAGGUGCUCGAAAAUGCCUUUCGGAAGGUGGGUUUAAUCGUUGAGAGAAUUGAUGGCGUCAACGAUGAGUUCAUGAAGUUGGCAGCUCCCCUAGAGACAUUAGGAAAGGCUGCUGUGCGCCUAGAAAUGAAGAAGAGGACUCAUAUUGGGAUGGAUUUGCUUUUUGAACUAGAUGAGGUUAAUGCUUUUGUGAGACAGCCUGAUGGUUCACUCUUCAGUUGGUGUGAGAGAUUUCGUUGCUAUCAUCAUUUGAUAUAUGGGAUUGUAAAUGAGAAUCAGUCAGCUGUAACUCUUAAAUGUGAUGAAGAAGAAUUUCAAUGGAAAGUUGGGGAGAGUUUAAUCAGUACAUUGGAAUCCAAGAAAAUUGUUAAACAAAUAUUUCCUCUACAUGAUGAAAAAAUUAGGAAGAAGCUCCUUGGAAGUUGGGCACUUAACUGGUGGGACUUCACUGGCCAGCCCAUUGAUGAGGUUUAUUCAUAUUAUGGUGCAAAGAUUGCACUCUACUUCGCAUUCCUUGGAAUGUAUACACGAUGGAUGCUAUUUCCAGCUUCGCUUGGGCUGAUACUGCAAUUAGUUGAAUUCGGGUCCCUGCGACUACUGGUCCUCCCUAUUUUCUUUAUAAGCAUUAUUUUAUGGGCUAUCAUGUUUUCCCAGUUCUGGCGACGGAAAAACUCUGCCCUUAUAGCCAGAUGGCAGAUCAAUUAUUCCUUCAUAGGUGAUUCAAGUUUUAGACUUUCGGGCGUGGAAUGCGGCUCUCCACAAAUACCUGUGGAGCUCAUAAAAAACCAGGAAAUGGAUAAAACAAAAGAGAAAGAAGUGUUUCAAAGAAUUGAGUGGUUUGGCCGCCUUAGGCGAUUUAGAAAUGACGCUAUCAUCAUCUUGAGCAUUAUAUGCCUGCAGUUGCCAUUUGAGUUGGCAUAUGCUCAUUGUUAUGAGGUUAUUCGGUCAGAUGCUAUCAAGUUUGGGCUGACUGUCUUGUACCUAUUUGCCAUUCAAUAUUUCACACGGUUGGGAGCUAAGAUAUCCAUGAAGCUCAUUAACUGCGAAAACUAUGAAAACCAUGAAAAAAGGGCUGAUAGUUUGGUCUACAAGAUUUUUGGACUUUACUUUAUGCAAUCAUAUAUUGGAGUCUUCUACCAUGCCCUUUUGCACCGUAACUUCACAACUCUUCGUCAAGUGUUAAUACAACGCCUUCUUAUAUCUGAGGUGUUGGAAAACUUGUUGGAAAAUUCUUUACCCUAUCUCAAGUACAGCUAUAGGAAAUACAAAGUCCGGAGCAAGAAAAGACGUGAAAAAGGAUCUCCUCAAGGGAAGAUCCACUUCGCUUCUCGGGCAGAGAAAGAAUACCUGAAACCUUCUUAUUCUGCGAGCAUUGGUGUUGAGCUAGAAGAUGGGCUCUUUGAUGAUUGUUUGGAGUUAGCAUUGCAGUUCGGAAUGAUCAUGAUGUUUGCUUGUGCUUUCCCUCUUGCAUUUGCAUUUGCUGCUUUGAACAACAUCACAGAAAUAAGAACAGAUGCUCUGAAACUGCUAGCUAUGUACAAAAGGCCCAUUCCCCGUGUAGCAACGACAAUUGGUGCUUGGCUUAACAUUUUUCAGUUUUUGAUAGUGAUGUCCAUAUGCACCAACUGCGCACUUCUAGUAUGGUUAUACGACCAGGAAGGAAAAUGGAAGAUUGAGCCUGGACUUGCAGCCAUCCUAGUCAUGGAACAUAUUCUCCUACUGGUCAAGUUCGGUUUCUCUCGUUUAGUACCUGAGGAACCCGCAUGGGUAAAAGCCAAUCGCGUGAAGAAAGCUACACAGGUGCAGGACAUUUGUUCAAAAAGACUACUAAGAACCAUAUCAGGUGGAGAAAAAGCUCUAAACUAUGUAAAGAAAACUCAGUAGAAAGAGAAAGGUAUAUAGAUAAAGCACAUUCUUUCCACUUCCACCCUCUGCUAUAGAGCAUAUAGUAUUAUAGAUAAAGAUCAUAGAAGUCACUGAUUUUACCAAGGUGUUCUUGUUUUGUUAUGAAUGUGUUUUCCCCACCACCUCUUUUGUAUUUUUUUUUUCCUUUUUUUUUUGCCUUUUUUUUGGUGGCUUUCAUGUUUGGAACUUGUUCACAUUACUGGUGGAUGAUUCUUUGGGACUCUCUAAACCCAUUUGGCCAUUUCCUCCUUCAGUAGAUAAGGGGGGGAAGAGAGAGAGAAACAGAGAUGAUUCAUUGUACACAGGGAAUCACUUUAAUACUGUUAUGUUUCCGUAGUCA